AUCGACGGCAGCGGACAGGCUUCAACUUCACACCGGGGUACCACACCGUAAGACGCAUUCAUCACCACAACACCUUCCCCGGACACCUUCAGGGAAACAGCAUCAGUGCUAACAAGAGCAGCUAAUUGGCUUCUAAAUCAAUGAGGCUUUUUGUAAGAGCACGCGAGCCGUUGUAGGUAAGGUCUCGUGCAAGAUUGUGUGUGUGUGUGGGUUUGCCGUUGGCGGCUUCGGUGUUGAGAAAGUGACUGCAUAGAUUAAACAAGACCUGUCGUGCUUCAACAACUGGAGAAAUAUCAAAACGUCUUGCAGCAUCUUAAACCCGAAGACGCAUCCGGAUAAAAGGUGACCGGGGGCAGUUGACCUCACAAGUUCUGUGGAGGAUACUCGGAGGAACCAAUUCUUAAAAUGCCCGUGGCAACAUCCAGAUCUGACUCCGCCAUGCAUCAGGCUCUGGACACGCUGAGUGACAGCACCAGCUCCACGACUGCCAACGACCUGGACCUCAUCUUCCUCAAAGGCAUCAUGGAGAGCCCGGUGGCCCAUGAGCAGUUUGAGGAACCCAAGCUCGAGGCUGUGCGGGAGAACAACGUGGAGCUGGUCCAGGACAUCCUCAAGGACCUCAACCCGCUCACGAUCAGCAGCCAGGCAGCCGACGAGCUGGUCCGCAUCCUGAACGAACCUCACUUCCAGUCCCUCCUGGAGACGCAUGAUUCUGUGGCGUCCAAAAACUACGAGACUCCUCCCCCCAGCCCCUGUUCCUUCAUGGACGCGGCCCUCAACAACCAGCCCGUCCCCCCAGACGCAGUCAGGAUGGUGGGCAUCCGUAAGGUGUCUGGCGAGCACCUGGGAGUCACGUUUCGGGUGGAGAGCGGCGAGCUGGUGAUUGCCAGGAUCCUCCACGGCGGCAUGAUCGACCAGCAAGGUCUGCUCCACGUGGGUGACAUCAUCAAGGAGGUGAACGGCAAGGAGGUGGGAAACGACCCCAAAGUGCUCCAGGAGAUGCUGAAGGAGGCGAGCGGCAGCGUGGUGCUGAAGAUCCUGCCCAGCUACCAGGAGCCACACACGCCAAGACAGGCCUUUGUGAAGUGUCACUUUGACUACGACCCGUCCCAUGACAACCUGAUUCCCUGUAAGGAAGCAGGGCUCAGCUUCAUCAGUGGAGACGUUCUGCAGAUUUUCAACCAGGAGGACCUCAAUUGGUGGCAGGCCUGUCACAUAGAAGGAGGCAGCGCAGGUCUUAUUCCAAGCCAGCUGCUGGAGGAGAAAAGGAAAGCGUUUGUGAAGAGAGAUCUGGAGCUCGUUACCACAGGUCCUCUCUGUGCCGGGAUGGGUGGUAAGAAGAAGAAAAAGAUGAUGUAUUUGACGACCAAGAAUGCAGAAUUCGAUCGACACGAGCUGCGGAUAUAUGAAGAGGUUGCCAAGGUCCCGCCCUUCAGGAGGAAGACGCUGGUUCUGAUCGGAGCGCAGGGGGUCGGCCGGCGCAGUCUGAAAAACAAGCUGCUGGUGUCGGAUCCUCAUCGGUACGGCACCACCAUCCCCUUCACCUGCAGAAAACCGAAGGUGGAUGAGAGGGAUUGUCAGAUGUACUCCUUCAUGACCCGCAGCGAAAUGGAGUGCGACAUCAAAAGCGGUCGUUUCCUGGAGCACGGCGAGUACGACGGGAACCUGUAUGGCACUAAGAUCAACUCUAUACACGAGGUGAUAGAAACAGGAAAGAUCUGCAUCCUGGACGUCAAUCCACAGGCUCUUAAAGUCCUGCGGACGUCAGAGUUCCUGCCUUAUGUCGUCUUCAUUGAAGCUCCGGACUUUGAGGUUCUCAAAGCGAUGAAUAAGUCGGCGAUUGAGUCGGGAGUCGUCACAAAACAGUUAACGGACUCUGAAUUAAAGAGGACGGUGGACGAGAGCGAGCGCAUUAAGCGAGCCUAUGGACAUUACUUUGACCUGUGCAUCGUCAACGACGGCCUGGAAGCGGCGUUCAGAAGUCUACGCUCGGCACUGGAGAAGCUGUCGACGGAGCAGCAGUGGGUGCCCGUCAGCUGGGUCUUCUGACGGGCUGCAGGUCAAAGGUCAGAGGACGGGUUUGGUAGCUCCAGAGGGGCCGAGUGGCCAUGCAGUCAUUGGUGGAGGAGGUCAUGUUCAAACUUAGUGUUCCUCUGUUGAGCCUAAAGUCGAGUUGUUACUUUUAUUUGUCAGAUUCGGACUCAUUGCAUCGAUAUUUGUUGAGAAGGAUUUAGAGUUGAUCAUGAGGUUUAGUGCAAUAGAGUGAGUGUGUGUGAGUGUGUGUGAGUGUGUGUGUGUGUAUGUGUGUGUGUGUGUGUGUGUGUGUUAUCACAAACGUGGAAAUAGACUUAGAGUAAAGAAUAUGUUUUGCUAAUAACUCUAUCCAAGGUUGGUUUUUUCUUUUCGUUGAAGGAUAUUAAACUUUUGUAGCCUUUCUGUAGUGUAAUGUUUACAUUAUAGGACAGACUGUUGAAGGAAACAUACCAAAUGUCAUAUUUAUUUAUUUACCAUUUGAUCAUACAGUAUGAUUGUAUGUGUUCAGAAAUGUGCUUUACAUUGUGCGUCUCCACUCAUUUGAAGAACGAACAGCAAUAGAUUAUUUUAGACAAUAAAGAUAUGUGCAAUACAUCUACACACACACACACACACACACACACACACACACACACACACACACACACACACACACACACGUGUUGUGUUCUUGCAGUCUGGAUUUGUUUUGCUUCCUUUGUUCCGGUUUGUCGGACGGACGGACGGAUCACAGUGUCUUCACUUCCUGCUUGAUUCUGUUGGAGUUGUGUUUGUAGCACUGAGAACAACACAAAAUGAAGACACAACCUGAAGAAGUAGCCUAAAGUAUGCACUGAUUGUAUAACGAAGGCGAACACAUUACGUAACAUUACAGGUCGGACACGUUGUUUGUUAUUUUUUCGAUGUAGAUACAGUAAAAUAUUUAUCAGUGGCUUCAUAUUCAUACUUACUUUUUGCCUUAACGUGGUUCACAAGCCAAGGAAACGCUGACUGUACAUGUUCCUUCUUAGAAAAUAGAGAAAUAAAACUGGCAACUCCUUUGAAUAUCAUUUUAUUUCCCCUCAGAACUUGUAAGUACUGUAUUGUAAUAAAGAGUAUAUAGUAUAACAUAGAGACACACUCGGUGCUUUCAUGAUUCUGCUGGUGUGUAGAUGCAGUUGGACUACACUGUAGUUUUGAUGUUCAUAUAAAAAAUGUAUUAAAAUUGGAAAUGUUGAGAA